GUGAAAAUAAAAUCUCUCUGAUGGAAUCAUUUUUCAUUUUCUUCAAGUGGUGCAAUUUUCCUGAAAAUUUUGGAAUUUUUCCCCUUAAAAAAGGGCAGAAAACAGUGAAUAAUUCAUUUCGUGUAAUUUUCAAACCUCUACAGUGGACGUCUCAUGUGAUUCAGCUCAAUUACCAGCACCAAAAAUGUCAUCACCAUUCACGUGUAUAAAUUGUCAAGUAGCAUUUCGAGAAGCUGCAUUACAACGCGAUCAUUACAAAACGGAUUGGCACCGUUACAACUUGAAACGUAAAAUAGCCGAAUUACCUCCGGUCACUGCCGAAGAAUUUCAACGUAGAGUAACCAUCUUAAAGCUCGAAAAUGAAACUAAAUCUAACGGAAAAAACUACACGUAUUGUACCGCAUGUAAAAAAUCGUUCGCUUCAAGUCAAUCUUUUGACAACCACUUGCAAUCCAAAAAGCACAUCGAAUUAGCUCAGCUGAAAAAUGGUGACUAUCAAGAUGACAUCGCUCAGCCUUCGAUCAAAACCAAUAAACUAGUUGAAAAGAUGGAGAUACCACCGUCAGAGCAGGAUGACGACGAAGAAUCGUUAGAAACUGCAUCUUCUGGUACCGAAGAAUUAGACUCCGAUGAAUGGGAAGAAAUAAUUAGUGAAGAUAAUCCGAUUUUGAACAACGACUGUCUGUUCUGUAACCAUCAUAGCGCAUCUUUAACUAAAAAUGUCAAACACAUGUCGAUCGAGCACUCUUUCUUUAUACCACAUAUCGAAUAUUUAGCCGAUUUAAAAGGAUUACUGUUGUAUCUAGGAGAGAAAAUAUCUCAAGGAUUUAUGUGUAUUGGGUGUAACGAUAAAAAAAGUUCUUUCGUGAAUAUCGAAGCUGUUAGAAAUCACAUGCUAGAUAAAGGACAUGCUAAAAUACCUACCGAUACCGAAUCUUCUUUGGAAUACGUGGAUUUUUAUGAUUUUGAACACGGUUACGAUGAUGAUGAUUAUGAUGACGAGGCGGAAGAAGACGAUGAUUGUAAAUCGAUUGCUAGCGUUGUGACUAAUACCGGAAAAACCGUUUCUACCGAUGGAGAUUCUGUAACGAUGGCUUUGCCUUCUGGAGAAGUUAUAUGUCACAGAUCUUUAAUUAGAUAUUUUAGACAAAAUCCCAUCAUCGCUAGGAAGAAAUUACCUCACGUUAAAGAAACUAAAAUUCAGAAAUUGAUUAAUCAUUACCGAGUUCUUGGUUGGAGUCCAACGCAGAAAGAACAAAUUAAAAAGAAAGUGAAAGAUAUAAAAUACAUCAAUUUUAUUCAAUCGAAGUACGAAACGAAGCUCAGAGUAAAAGCUAACAAGCUUCAAACACAUUUCCGGCAGCAAGUUGAUUUCUAAAAUGUUCCUCUCUUCUUUAACGGAUUAUCUACCAUUAUUUCUCUACAUCGAGACAUCGGUUUAUUCGACACAACGUUUCGAAUAAACCAUCGCUGUUAUUUUUCUGCAAUUCAUCUACCUAAUUAACUUUAUCAUUAUUCAAACUCGAGAAAAUUCACCACAUUUUGGUUCAUUUUAUAAAAUUCUUUGUUUUUUUUCUCUUUGGAAAAGCGUCGCAUUGUUCUAAAACGUCUGCUUCGAAGAUACCUAAAAACAAUACUGAUUUAAUUUUGGAAAUUCAUCAUGAAAGUUUGUAAAGAUAUUUUAUGCAGAUAAUUUGAAGCCGAGAGUUUACCUUUGUUUUAGUUUGUUUUCAUUUUAAAACGAGUUAAUUGAAAAUUUUUAUUACGUGCUACGAUUUGUUAUCGAGGCCCAUUUCUCGAAGUUGCGUUUACUGGUUAUAUUUUUGAUACUUGUAAUAAUCGUGUUCAUUUCGACGAACGAUGAAAAUAAUGAUUUUAUACCUGUUUUAUCGUUUUAUAGAAAAUAUAAACUUUGGCCGAAGAA